CAUCAAGCCCCCUCUUUUUUCUUUCUCCUCUCACAAAAGGACCAAACCCAAAACCCCCCAUAUGGAGGCUCCACCACCCGCUCCGCCACCUCUCUCCUCCACUCUCGCCGCCGCAGCCGCAGCCACGGCGGCCGCAUACCCAGACUCAGUCGACUCCUCUCCCCGCUCCCGCAACACCGAUUCCUGGGACGAGCCAACGUUCCCCUCCGCGGCUCCCGGCGGCGGCGCUGCUAAGUUACGCCUGAUGUGCAGCUACGGCGGCCACAUAGUCCCCCGCCCUCACGACAAGUCCCUCUGCUACGUCGGCGGCGACACCCGCAUCAUCGUCACCGACCGCCACUCUUCCCUCUCCGACCUCACAAGCCGACUCUCAAAAACCCUCCUCAGUGGUGGAUCUUUCACAACCAAGUACCAACUACCCAACGAAGAUCUCGAUUCUUUGAUCUCCGUCACUACCGAUGAAGAUUUGGAGAACAUGAUCGAAGAGUACGAUCGACUCACUGCAAACAAUUCGACCCAGAAAUCGUCUCGACUCCGAUUGUUUCUCUUUCCGACGGAACCCGAUUCGGGUUCCUCAAUUGGGUCUCUGCUCGAGAACUCAACGAAGUCGGAGGACUGGUUUUUGAACGCUCUCAAUGGUGCUACGAGAGGUGGGUUCUCUGAAUCGGCGUCGGUGAAUUGUUUGCUGGGUUUAGACGAUGAUGUAGCGAUCGCCGGAAACGAGAACUCGUCGGCGAAGGGAGUGAGGAGUAGUAGUAACAACAACAUCAACAAGCAAGGUGGUGGUGGUGGUCAGGAUGUUCAUUCGGUGCCCGAUUCGCCGAUGCUGGAGACGAAUUCGUCGUUUGGGUCGGCGUCGUCUUCGCCGUCGCUAGCGAACUUGCCGCCGAUUAGGGUUCACGUGGUGGAGGAUCAGAAGGCGACGAUGGAUGGUGGAAUUGAGGACCAGUUCUCUCAGAUGAGCGUUGGGGCUACUACUACUGCUGUGCAGAAGCAAGAUGAUGGGGGUUUUGUGGUUCUCUCUUCGCCGCCUACUCUGCUAACCACUUCUGCGGCGGCGGCGGUGGUGGUGCCGGGUUUGGUGGGGCUUGCUGGAGGUUACCCGAAUCGGGUUAUCUCCGACGAUGAGAGAUCAGAACAGGGAAUGACUGUUGGGUAUCGGAAACCGGCACAGGCACAGCCACAGGCACAGCAACAGCAACAGACACUGCCUCCACAAUCGCAGCCCAAACCAACUGGUGGGAUUGAUUUGUCUUCCCCUGAUUCAGUUUCAAGGGUUUUUGAAUUGUUUGAAUUUCACAGUGAUAAUAGUACAACCAACCCGUUGUCUCGCCAAAGACCCAUGAUUUAUCAAGAUCCAACUGUUCAGAAUUCCUCUGGGAACAACAGGUUUCCUGUGAACAAUCCCAUUGAUCCGAACUCUAGGGUUCAGAUGCUACAAGUUCAGGAUUCUGGGUAUUUGUUGCCAAACCAAUUUGAUCAACAAUUGAAUCCACAACAACUUCAACAAUUGAAUCCACAGCAACAACAAUACCUUCAAUCACUGGGUGGCACUCAUUUCAUUCAGCAUCACCCUACCGGUGCAAUGCCAAUGGCUUCUUACUACCCCAUGUACCAUCCCCAGCAACAGCCCCACCAUCCGCUUGAUCAGCAAUACCCAGUGUUCUAUAUGGCUCCUAGACAGUCCCAAGCUUAUAACUUGCCUGUCCAACAACAAAACUAUAGCGAAAACGCCACCACCGCCCCUUCUAGCCGCCCCCAAACACCGCCUUACAACACUGCGAGAAAUGUCACUUCUAACGCCGAAAUGGCUACAGGAAUGUAUAGAACAGCAACUGGAGCUGCCUCGUCUUUAGUUCAAGUACCCACUAGCCAAAAUCAACCACAGUAUGUUGGUUUCUCUCAGAUGCAUCAUCCAUCUCAAUCUGUUGUUGCCCCUACUUCUGCCGCUACCGGCAAUUAUGCUUAUGAAUUUGCUGAUCCUGCCCAUGCCCAAAUGUAUUACCCUCAGCAUAUGACACACCAAUUGGCUGCUGCACAAUAUCAAGCCAUGACGUCAGGCCCUGCAAUGGUGUUACAUGAACCUCCUGCUCAGCUUCCUACAGACAACGUCAAGCAGCAGCAGAUCAGGACUGCACAGCCAUGAGAGGUGAGUUUGGGCAGGAACAAACAGUUUUGCAGCAAUGGGUGUGGUUUACAUUUCAGUUUUCAAUUAUAGUGUCUAUCUCUUUCAUUGGGUAUUGGUUUGUGGUUAUGUAUUUGUGAUAGGUAAUAAGAAGCACAGGUUUUCUUCGUUAUGUUCUUUACUUGUAUGUUAUAUUGCUGUUGCUAUUGUGAAAGAAAAUGAAAGUCAUGUGAGUCAUACUGUAAAAGCUCAAACUAAUAUAUUGGUCUGUUCAGUCUAUGUCAAUUAUUGAAUAAAUGUAAUAUAAUGUUGCUAGAGCGUUUGAGUAAAUUGUGUUUUCAGCU